AUGCAGAGCUCGGACCUGCCGACCUACGCGAGCAUUGUCUUCGAGGCACCCCCGCCCACGUACUCGGCAUCGUCUACGAACGUUGCGCCGUCUACCGACGCCGCACUUCCCACGAACACCGUGUUUUCCACUGAUGAUGCACCCACCAUUCGCGACACGCCGCCGACGACUACGGCAUCAUACACGAUCCCCGCACCAUCCGCGACUGUCGCGCCUUCCGCGACCAAUGCACCGCCCACGACCACCACCCGGCCAACGUGCGUCGCGCCAACUGCGUACCGCAUCGGCGGUGUGACGUUGGAGGCGCCGCGCGUGGAGCUGGACCACCUCCGCGCCCACCUCGCGCUCCUGCGCACAUUUAAGUCGCUUCGGACCCUUAUCGAGGACGCGGCCGAGCUGGGUCUCCAAGGUUUGAGGAUGGGGACUACGGCACGGUGGGCGUGGUUUGUUGGGUUGGCGGUCGAGCGCUUUCAGCGUUGGGCGGCGGUCGUACGCCACGAAAGUCUCUUUACUUGGGUUGCAACGGACCUUCCACCAAUAGACGUGCUCAUGGUCUGGCACGCGUACUUGCUCAAUCCGGGCUGGUACGCUGAAGACUGCGUCCGGUUGCCUAUCAUGGAGACGAUGAGAGAGCUGGGGGACAGAUUUGUUCACGCAGUGGCUGAAAUGGGCGACCCUGAGCAGUAUCGGGCGUCUCCCGAGCGCAUCGCCAGCUGGCAGGAGCAGACUGACACGCCCUGGGAUCCUCUCGAGGCAGCGAUACAGAUGACGCACAAAACGAUCGAGUGCCCCAGUUGCCGCGCGUUCAACGAAGUGCCAUACUUGACCACAGACGGCACCGGAUAUGCGCAGCACAACUUCUCAUACUAUUGUGCGUGCGGAUUCGAGGUGACCCGUGCGACGCUCGCGGUGCGCAAGUUCGUAGGGGACUUGACGAAGCCGUACCUCGACUCGCGCGAUCCCGGCUGGAGUUACGGCGGGUACAUGGCGGGGACACUGCACACGGAGACGAGAGCGAAGGCGACGAGGCGCGCGGAGGUGGUGAAGAACGCGAUUCUGCGGACGGAGUGGUUCAGGAAGUGGGAUAAAUCUAUGCCGCGCAACGAAUGGGAAACGGGCAUACUACAGAAAUUGGGCUAUUCAUUUGCCAGAGCCCGUAGGAUUGUCGGCUUGGCACUGGAGCCUGCAGAUUCGCGGUUGCCCACGAGGAUAUUCAGCGCUUACACGGACGAUCUCCCAUUUUCGAUUGACCUGGUCGGCGCGGUGGUCCGCCAGGGCGCAUUCAUUGACAAGAUGCACGAGUUUGGAUGGACACGGCCGGGGUACUUUGAUGACGAAGAGGACGAGCUCGUACUUGUGCAUGCCACGGCGCGAUACCAUGCGUUUCUGGACUUGAUGAGCUCGUCGCCAUCGUCGUUCUUUGUCCCGACGCUCGACAUCGACCUUGUGUGGCAUUCUCAUCAGCUCAUGGGAAGCCGGUAUGCGGGCGACUGUAUACAGUAUGUCAAGCGCUACGUCGACCACGACGACAAGGUUGAAGAGAACCAUCUCGCCACGUCGUUCGACAUGACUUCGCGCGCGUGGCAGGAACGCUUCCACCUCCCGUACACGCACUGCGGCUGCCCCCUUCCGGGGGAAUCGAUAGGGCGGCGCCUUAGCCGCCUUUCACUCGGCCUCUUCCACAAGCACGGCCCGGAUCUUUCCUUGGAACUGCUCCCGCCGGCACGCGAGGACGCAUUGUCCGCGACUCAUCCAAGCGAGCACAACUCCGUCGAGUCUGGCAGGUCUAUCUUCCUGAAGUGGCAGCGCCGCCAGCGCAUGGAUAAGCUCGCGCGGCGGCGGAAGCGCGACACUGAGCGGGCGGUCGCGGGGCGCAUGGACGCGGACGUGUACCAGCGGGGGCGCACGCACGAUGCGGCGUUCCUCGUGCCCGUGCCGUUUUAUAGUCCCGUCGCCGCGUGCGUCGUCGUCGUGAACCCGCUCGGGCCUCUCCCCGGCGCUGCGCCUACCGACGUCAACUUGUGUGCGGUGGGUGCGGGGGCGUGUAGGGUUGCUGACGCGUCGAUUGACGCCCUCAAGUGGUCCAAUGCGAGGUGUGUAGGCGGCGGCUCUGGAGGAUCGGGUGGUGGCGGGGGCUCAGGGAGACAGGGUGGCCGCACAGGCAUUGGACGAUCCGGCGGCGUUGGGAUUGGCGGGUUCCCGGGUCCCGGUGUUGUCGGAGGAGUUGGCUUUGCCACGGGUGCUAUGAUUGGAGGGCCUGCAUGGACAGGAAGCGCAUGUGGAGCCGGGUUUCCUGCCAGUUGUGGAUGCGGCAGUGGUGGAAGUGUAGGCGGAGGUGGCGGAAGUGCAGGUGGGGCAGGAUGUGGAGGUGGAGGACGGUCUGGCAGUGGGUGUGGGGGCGGCGGCGGAGGUGGAGGAGGAUCCGGCGGGGUCGCGAGUUGUGGUGGAGGAGGCGGAGUGGGCCCAAGCUGUUAG